CUGAAAGCCUCACUAAUCCUUUCAGCUGCUUGUCUUUUGUCAGAUACACAGAGAUCCGUUCAAACGCACGCAACAAGACAUUUCUACAAACAUGACCAGCAAUCUGUGGAUUUAUUUUUCCCAUCUAUGACACCUGGAAGGGUUAUGUCUAAAUGGAUUUAUUAGCAUUUGGGUUUGGUUGCAUCUUCAUGGAAAGAGCAUUCGACAGAUUCAUCAGAUGUCUCUGCCUUCUGAAGAUAACGGAUACAGCGGGUGGCUAAGGACACUGGAUAUUCUUUGCAUCAUUCACCACUUAAUGUACUGUUAUGACAUCACCAAGAUGAUGGAUGUAUAAGCUGAUCAUUGUAAAUAUCAAGAAUGGGAUGCUCACCAUCCAAAGGUAACAAUUUGGUGACUCUGGGCUCCUUGAGGAGGGGAAGAAUGUUGCCCCCUGCACCUCAAGAGCAGCCCAGAGAAGUUCAUUUUACAGAUGGAGACAAUCAUAUGUGUAGUGGAGCUACUGAUGGUGAUACUAAAGACAAAAAUACAAGCGGACAAAAACUGAUAUUUCAAAGGGAUGUAAAUAUGCCACCAGAAGAAGAUACAUGUGCAACUGUGCCUGCCCCAGAGGUAAAUGACAGGGAUACAAUGAAGAGUCAAAGAAUGGACAACAGCACUGUGAUACAGAAAAAAGACAAAAACAGGGACAAGCAGGAAGUAACAGAGAAAAAGUCAGGGAAAAAAACAAGAAGUUCCAGAGGUAUGAAAGUACUGAAAAAGAAAGAAAAGGAAAUGCCAAAAAUUGAUUUCCCAGAGCCUCUGGUAAAAGCUCACCAAGCUGCUUACGCCUUUUUAAAUCCUAGCAUAAACAAAUAUGAUGUUGUACUUGGUCUGCUGGAACAAGCAACUCAAACUCAAGUAUCUCUGCAGCCAAUGAUUUCUUUUAUGGCUUUGCGUUAUGAAGAAAUAAUUCGGGCACUGGAAGAAAUUGUUGAUGAAGGAGAAAAAAUGCUAAAAGAAAAUGGCGAACAUCUUGCUUGGCCAAGUCAAAUGAAAAAUCUCUCAUCUGCUGCACCUUUCAAAUCUGGCUCAGCUAUAGAACCCCCACCUGAUUUGUUGCAGCAGCUGCUUCAAUACACCACGCAGCGAAUGCAGAAUUUGAGUCAGACAGUUGGAGGAAUUGGGGACUCUGCCCUGGAGGAGGCAGUGGAAUACUUUUCUUCAGUCUCAGAACUUUUAGAGGAGAAGCUGAAAGUCAAACGUUUAGUUGGGACUAGGAUAAUGCGACUCACAUCUCGCAUUGAAUUGGCAUCUCUUCGCAAACUUGGGCCUGAGGACUCUGCACUCUUUAGUGAGGACAGUGGUAUUGGGGCUGAGAGUGAAUCCCUUGCUGGAUCGGAAAAGCACCAUAGACGUGUGAGUUGUGAAUCUAGCGGAACAAAUAGAACUACUCCCUUCAGUCCUAUGGAAUACACCUCCAUGACAGGAGUGUCAACGAAAAAUCUUGCAUGUCAAAUAAGUCCAACUGUUUCCCUUACUUCAUUGAACUCAUUAGCUUCUAUGUGUACAAUGAUGGCAAGUGUACAGGGGGACUCGUUACUAGGAUCAGUCUCUUUAGAUGAUGGCGAGGAAGAUGAUGAUGAGAAUUAUAAGAUGGAUAGAGAGACUAGAAAUGGGCAAGUAGGGAGGAAAAAGCAAUUAAAUUAUUCACCUGUAAAUUGUGAACUACAGAAGCCACGGCGCUUACCCUCCAAACGCAUUGAAAAUCCUAAAAAUGUAGAAAUGACAAUCGAAAUGAAAAAUGCUAUGAGUGGCAAAGUGCAGUUUGUUCAGCCACCAAGUGCUGGUGCCAAACCAAGGAUAGCAGGCAGUCCAAAAACUGGUGGUGCCCAAUGGGCUGAUGGAAAGGGACCAUCUCUAAAGAGAUCUCAAACAACUGUUCGAAGAAGUGUGGUUAAAACAACCCCAACGGUGAAAGAGAGGCGCUCCCGUUCCGUAGAAUCCUUGCAGGGCAAAGGGGAGAAUCCUACUUUACUUGAACUGGAAAAGUCCCAGAAAAAAAUAGGUCAGAGAUUACAGAAAAAUAACAAAAGCAAGGAAAACACAAAAGGAAACACAAAGUCUACAUCUUCUAAGCAAAACCGGAAAACUUCACUUUCUGAUUCUCCAAAGAUAAACCAAAUACACCCAUCUUUGGAGAAGGCUGGCAAUCUACGCGAAAGGGUACCCCUUACAAAGUGCACUAAUAUGGAGGAAGAUGAUAAACAAAAAGAUAAGGAAUCAUUGACAGGCCUUGUGAAAGCAACACCACCUCCCAGCCCUCCUCAAUCACCAAGACCAUCUUCAGCGCUCUUGAGAGGCAGGAAUUCUGUGAAAAAGCUCAUCGAUACCUUUAGUCAAGGUAUAGAAGAGAUGGACAGCCAUAAUGUUCUGGGGCCACUUAGGGGUGUACGGAAAUGUGGUGUUCCAGUGUUACCAGGUUUAGGAAAUGUCACAACUGUCCUUAGUACUGGGAAAACUAGUUGUAGAUCUCAAAGCACUUCAGGUGAAAAGACUGAUUAUUUAGACCUGGAUAGUCUUCCUCCACCCCCAUUAGAAGUGAUAAUGGACAAUUCAUUUGAAAGUGCCCUUUCAGUUGGUGUAGCAGCUGAAGGGGCAAUAAAACCUGUGAAAUCACCUAUGGUAAAGAGGGCUGGACUGUCACAGCGACUACGGGCGUCAGUUCACUCUGGACCAGUAUUACCCAGUAAAGGCGGUGUGGCUCAUUGUCGUAAGGGAUUUUUUCCUGUUAAAGUGGAUUAUCAAGUCACAACAGCUGAGGCAACUCUCAGUCAACCAGAUGUUAAAACAGAUAUUGACCCAAUAAAGGAAAUCAAUUCCACUCUGUUGCAGCAAUUCAGAAAAAACAGAUACCUUAAACAUUCCUCAGAGUCACAGUCUGAAAAAUCUUUAACAAAUUCUGCCAGUCACGAGGACUCUACAAAUAUACAGGAGAAUGAGAACCUCUUAAUGCCUGGAAUAAACACUACAGUCUCUAAAGUGCCUCCUUCAUCUGAAGCCAGUAGUAAUUCACUUGCCACUUCACUGCUGUCUAAGGGGCGAAUAUUGCCAUCUACACCUUCUACUUCAAAGUCUUCCCAUAGAAGACUUCCUAGUCCUUCCAAAUUUAAAAAAUCACCAACACCGCCCUCUUCAGCUAGUCCCCCAGUUAAUAGAAAACUCACCAGUCCACUAGAAGGUCAAAGUAGACUCCCCAGCCCACCGGUUAUGAGGCAUAGCAUUUUAAACUCUCCAUACCCUUUGAAAGCACCAUCUCCACCUGCUUCACCAAAAGUACAACGAUGGUCAAGAGAGAACAGCACGGAAGAAUCUGCUCGGUUGAUCAGUAAUGCGCGUUCUGUUUUCUGCCCAAUUUCUCCAUCCUUGUUUGAGGCCCAGCCCUGUAAAGCUGCCCAAAUGUCUCAAGCCUGGACCUCUGUUGGAGGCUCUUUUCUAUCAAAUACUCGUGGGAUUCGUGGCAGGAGCUCUGUGUCAGUCCAUCGACCUCAACCUUUUAUCUGUCAAAGUCUUUCAGAAAGAAGAACAAGUUUAAACCUUCAACCUCGAUCCCCAGUCCUCUCAGUGGCCGAGACCUGUGGAAGUGAGCCUGCAAUAUGCACACAGGGACUUGAUGAUGAACCAGCCAGAAAAGAGGAAUCAUGGGGUAGCCAAUCAGACCUCAGAGUGACUCAACGUUCGGCAUCCCACCCGGAUCUUUAUGUUGUUGGACAGGCCUUGCACAGAGAUUCAACUGACCAAUGAAUUACCAGUGGGAUUAUGGAUUAAGAGGUUUUAGAGGGGAUUUAAGGUGAUGGCGCUUCACUGGUCCAAAAGGAGUAACUAACUCUUUUCACCUUGCUGCUGUAUGACACCUUUACAAUGAUUGUUUAAACAGUUGCACUAUUUGAAAAAAAUAAACGUGAUCUGUUAAUAUGACCUGAUCUUUCUGUAUUAUAUAUAUAUAUAUAUAUAUAUAUAUAUAUACAUAUAUAUAAAUGCUAUAUACUAUUUAUCAGCACCUCUGUUUAGCACUUGAUACAGGAACAAGUAAUUUAGAAAUCCAGUUUAAACUCAGCUCUUACCUUUGUUUUUUUUUUUUUUUUUAAAAACGGAAAACAGUUGUUGAUACGGUUUGAAUUUUCUGAGGAAAACUGCCUAAUUUUCUGAAAUAUUUGUCAAAACAGAUUCAAGAGUUCUAAUUAAUUGACUUGUUUUUAACUACCCAAAAUAAUGCAUCUAAUUACUUUCACAUUCAACAAUAGUCUUAUUUUAUUUUACUGGUCAUCGUGAGUCUUUUUGUACUGUAUUUAUCAAUAAAAUGUCUGCAAACAACUUUAUCUGUUGCAAUUCAUAUUACCCCUGCUCUCUAUACAUAUUAUUUUCAACCACCAAAUUAAUCAGAAUAACUAUUUAAAUUGCUAUUUUUUUUACUCUGCAAUUGUUUCUUUCUUUCAACGUUAUUUUUAUUCAUUUCCAAGUUACAAACAAAACACACGUAUGAAGCCCCACCCUUUUACCCCCUCCUCACACACACACACACACACACACACCACCGUUGUGUGACUAAUGCUCAUAUCAAGUUAAGUAGUCAAGUCGUUAGUAGUUGCCUCGUACACGCCUGAUCACCAUGAAAAUCAGCCAGGUUCUUAAGUUUUUAAACGUCGUGUUGUGUGCUGGUCUGUCUCGCCUCGCUUGUAUCAGAAUCAGAAUCAUCUUUAUUUGCCAAGUAUGUCCAAAAAACACACAAGGAAUUUGUCUUCGGUAUAUGCACAACAUACUUCCGCAUUCGGCAAAUGAGGUAAAGGCACUUCCUCCUCCCUUGGGUGAACAGGUUACGUAGCAAAAUAAAGUUCAUGUUUUUGCAGGUAUGAUGACAUCAACCAUUUUCCCCAAAAAAGCUGAUGCUUAUAUUCCCUAUGUAUUCUGUAUCCCACAAUUAUUCUCACAGUCUGAAAAAAAAGAGUUUUGAAUAAGUGCACAGCUGUUCCAAAUAAUUUAUUAUGAGUUGGAAAUGUUUGUUUGCCUUGUAUCUUGCUUUGUUUGUAUAAGCGUAGUCCAACGUCCUCUACAAACAUAAAAAUGCAGUAGUGUAAAAUAAAAAAAUAUCUAUUUCAAUGUAAAUUGUCAAUUGUGCAGGUGAACCGAAUAGUUUAUAAAUAUAUACAGUAUAAUUGCUAUGCAUUCAAUGGGUUGACUUUAUUGUUGGCAAAACAGACAAAAAUUGCCCAUGUUUGUUCAACCAGCAAUUGUUCCAUUCGCGGCAGCAUUUCAGAGCACGUAUAACAACAACUGGAUUUGUCGUUAGGAACUCCACAGAGCACAUCAGUUUGUUUACAAUUGCAGGCAGGUGUCAAAUUUACAGCUACAAAUUUGUCUGACACAACCAUUAUUCUGUGUGGCUCAGGCGGUAAUGCAUAAUGCAUGUCCUUGAAAAGAAAAUGCAAAGACAGAUAAAUCCAAAACAUUCAAAACUGAGGUGGUCUGAAUAACCAAUGUGGGCAAUUUUGAACAAACAUUGUUUUGUUUGCUUUUCUUGGGUAAGAUUCAAGCAAGUUAAAAUAGGUAGAUCACUUAAAUUGUAUUGGAAUGACAAUGGCACGACAUUAGCAUCUGUUCGGCACAGAACAAAUUCUGCAGUAUGACAGCAGCAACUGAACUCCACAGAUCAAUCAAAAUCUCACAUAUAAGCUUUCCAUCUCCCGAUGCUGGGCCCACAUUUUAUUUAUGACUUCAUUUGAUUCCAUUUACACAGCCUGACUCCUCUGGAUGGCUGAAAGUUAUUGAUCUCCUAGGUCCACUGGGACAGAUAAAAAAAAAUAUGACCCACCAGCUGCAAUUGAUCUUUUUUUUUUUUCCUUUAUUUUUAUCAAGACACCGAGCCCAGCGCUGGUUUGGACAUGGCAGCUCCCAGAUAAUACUAUUUUCUGUGUGCAGUGCCCCCAACUUUCAAGGUGAGCUUCAACUGAGCUGCAUUGGUGCACCUGCAGACUUGCUGAAAACCGGCAUGGCAUGAGGUCUAAACAUAUUUUGAGAGUGCUCCUUCCGUGUUCCGCGCCUUGCUGACCUCUUCCACCAUGUCGUCAAGCCAUCCAACUGUCGCACAAUCCCUGUUUCGACGACCCGCCAGUACGCCUCAAAGAUCCACCUCAGAAUCCCUUCUCAAUAAACCAUUCUCCACAUAACUUCUUCAGCCUCCGCCUGCUUCUGGGUCCAGUUAAAAUCACAUCGUGACAGAAUACUCUGGCCACCAUGGAUCCAGCAACUCCGGAGGCGUUAAGACAAGCACUCACCCUCCAAGCCACCCAUACAGGAAAACAGGAUAAAACUCUACAGGAGAUUAUGGAAUCUUUGACCACUCUCACACAACAUGUUUCCCUACUUUCUCCCAAAUUGAAGUCCGACCACCCUCCGUUAAGUACUCCUUCCGAGCCCGCAGCCUGCGAUACUAACUACUAAAUGGGCAACCGGGUUAUGUGACAUUUUUUUUUUUUAAAGCAGGCUGUCGGAGCAGCUCAAGGAGGAGCUCGCAGCCCGGGACGAGCCCUCCUCACUCUAAGAUCCAAUUUCAUUAUCCACCGCCUCCCGCACGUUCCCUGUCUCGACGGCCAGACAUUACGCCCCAGAGGUCCACUCCAAAUACAAUCUCAAUAAACCAUUCUCCACAAACUUCUUCAGCCUCCGCCUGCUUCUGGGUCCAGUCUGAACUGAUAAAAUUUUAUCGUGA